CGAGCGAUAAUUUUAUGCGAGCGGAAUGGGAAAAAAAUUAAAAGUAUGUUAUGUUUCACUCUGUUCGUCGUCCCUGAUGUGGAAAAUUAUAAAGUUGAAGCCGAAAGCUGCAGUUUGGAGAUGAAAAAUGUGUUUGAUUCAGAAACUUGUGACUUUAUUAGACACUCAUAAAUUUAUCUUUUAAGAUAGAAAUUGAGAGUUCACCUUAACCUAACCGUUAAGAAAUUUCAUAUGGAAGUCAUGAGGCUGCUUCUAAUCUUUAGACCAAGUCUUUGUGGUGACCGUUCAAUAACCUGAUGGCUGUAGAUUAAUUUGUCAGCUGUAUGCAAAACUUACUGGUUAAACGGUCUCUCUCUUGUUCUUUCUCUCUACUGCACUAUGCCGUUGUUCCUUAUUCCAACAAAAUGCCACAAAGCCUCAUUCUCCUGCCAACCUCUCUGUCUCUCUUUUUAAUCAUAACCGUUUUCUUUUUUUAUUCUCCAACUUUCACUUAUGCGCAAAAUCACCCUCAAUAUCAGAACUGCAGCGAACUGUUUCAGUGCGGAAACAUUUCAGGUAUUGGCUAUCCAUUCUGGGGAUCGGGUCGAGCUGAAUAUUGCGGCCAUCCGAACUUCGAGCUUAUUUGCAACGCCCAAACAGCAACAAUUGCUCUUGCCGACGAAUUGACUUACCAAGUGCUUGAAAUCGGAAGCGAGACAAAGAAUCUUCUGGUUGUUAGAACAGAUUACAUAGACGACAUAUGUCCUAGCCGCCUCGCGAACACCACUUUGAAUACUACCAAUUUCAGUUUCGGUCCAGAAAUUCAAAACAUAGAUGUGUACUACGGCUGCAGCAGUUCGACAGUUCCGCUUCCGAUGAAGAUUACAGGGUUUUCCAAUGAAUUUAGUUGUAACAGAUCCGCAAACGGAGGCAAAGGCUACUAUACAACGAGGGACCUCGGUGACCAAGGUAAUGCAGUAACUAGCUACUUAGGAACAUGUGAGGCUAAGGUGAUCAUUCCGGCGACUAGAUCAGCUGUUGAGGGAUUAGAGAAAAGUAAUAAUUUAAAUGCGGAGAAUUUGGUAAUAGCUUUGGGGCAAGGUUUUGGGUUAGUGUAUAAGGGAGAUCAUGAUAGCACUUGUGGAACAUGUGAAUUGUCGGGUGGGAAGUGCGGUUCGAACUUGACUGAUUCUAAUUUAUUUUCUUGUUAUUGCACUGAUCGUCCUUAUCCCUUCAGCUGUGGAGGAAGCUCAGGAAGUAGUUCAGGGGAAGACUCCAAUAUUUCCCUGAAAGCCGGAAUAGGAAUCGGUUCCUCUGUUGCAGCUGUAAUUCUACUUUUCAUCAUCUACUAUUGUUUCGCCAAACUACGAAGUCCUAUGAAUGACAAGGCAAUUAAGUCAAGAAGGACAAAUAGCAAAGAAGAUGAAAAGAUAGAAGAAUUCAUUUUGAGUUAUCAGUCUCUCAUGCCAAUGCGGUUUUCGUAUUCAGAUAUAUACAAGAUGACCAACUCAUUCAUUCAAAAGCUAGGCCAGGGCGGGUUUGGAGAUGUGUACAAAGGGAAGUUGCCAGAUGGUCGCAUCGUAGCAGUAAAAGUUCCAAAUAAGUCCACAGGUGAUGGUGAGGAAUUCAUUAAUGAAGUUGCAGCUAUUGGUAGAACUUCACAUGUAAAUAUUGUUACCCUUUUAGGAUUUUGCUAUGAGGGGUCUAGACGUGCUUUGAUAUAUGAAUACAUGCCUAAUGGAUCACUGGAUAAGUUUAUAAAUAGCCAGGGAUCUAAACUUUUAGAGUGGAAAACGUUAUAUGACAUUGCAGUCGGCGCUGCUAGAGGUUUAGAGUACUUGCAUCGUGGUUGUAAUACGAGGAUUGUGCAUUUCGACAUAAAACCUCAUAACAUUCUUUUAGAUGAAGAUUUUUGUCCUAAAAUAUCUGAUUUUGGUCUUGCAAAGCUAUGCAAGGGAAAAGAAAGUAAAAUAUCUCUCUUUGGUGCAAGAGGGACUCCUGGGUACAUAGCUCCAGAAGUAUUCAUGAGAAGCUUCGGAGGGGUUUCUAACAAGUCAGACGUCUAUAGUUACGGAAUGAUGAUUCUAGAUAUGUUUGAAGGAAGAAACAACAGAGACAAUGGAACAUGUCAGAACGGUGAAACCUAUUUUCCAGAUUUGAUUUAUGAGUAUCUUGAAUCUAGAAAUAUCUCUAGUGUUCAUGAGAAUAUAACAAAUGAUGAAGACGAGAUAGUUCAAAAGGUGACCAUUGUCGGCUUGUGGUGCAUCCAAACCAUUCCGUCAGAGAGACCAUCAAUGACAAAGGUGGUUGAGAUGUUGGAAAGUAAUCUUCAAUCCUUGCAAAUUCCACCAAAGCCUUCACUAUUUUCAACAGCUAUACCAAAGUUUUCUUCUGAAAUAUCAUCACCAUACAGUUGUUCACAUAAUGAUGAAGAGAAGGUCUUGUCUUUAGCUGAAGUUGAAUUAGUAUCAAUUAAAUUGUAACUGUUAUUCUGAAACUUCUACAUAUAUUGUAAAUCUAAAGGACUAUCAUAUUUAGCAUAUGGUUAUUAAAAUACAGAUCAAGCAAAAGUGUUGGCCAAA